AUGAAUCUUACUGGAAACAUACAGCCUGAAUUGGGAAAUCUCUCUUUUCUUGUCUCUCUCAAUCUUAAGCAGUUCUAUUCCACCAAGAAUUUUCCAGAAAAUCAGCUUUCGGGCAAUCUUGAUAGGUUGAUUUUGGGUUAUGAGCUUCCUAAUCUUGAAGAACUCUAUUUGAACCAAAAUAAUUUCUAUGGAAGAAUAUCAAAUUCUAUUACAAAUUCUUCUGAACUCACUAUAAUAAACCUUUCUUUCAACAAUUUUACUGGACCAAUUCCCAACUUCUUUGGAGAUUUAAGAUUCCUUGAAGUUGCAUACUUGGGUGGCAACAAUUUUAUUAGUGAAUCUCCAGAAUUGAGCUUCAUCACUUCAUUCACGAACUGUAGAUUUUUAAUAAAGUUGGGUUUUAAAGAUAAUCCCUUAAGUGGCAUUCUUCCAGUUUCAGUUGGAAAUCUUUCCACUUCUCUUCAAUAUCUUUAUGGUUAUAAUUGUCAUCUUAGAGGUAGCAUUCCAAAUGAAAAUGGAAAUCUCAGCAGGUUAAUAGUGUUAAGUCUGUAUGGCAAUCAGUUAACAGGAUCAAUGCCAGCAAGCUUGGUGGAUUUGCAAAAGCUUCAAGGAUUAGCUCUUUCCCGCAACAAAAUAAGUGGAUCUAUCCCAGAUACUCUUUGUGAACUUUACAAUUUAAAUGGAUUGUUGUUGUCUCAUAAUCUAAUAACAUGUACCAUUUCAGACUGCAUGGGGGAUAUUACUACACUAAGGUCUCUAUAUAUAGAUUCCAACAGAUUGACCUCCAUCAUACCUCCGAGCCUGUGGGUCUGGAAAGAUCUUCUGGAGUUGAAUCUAUCUUCAAAUUUUUUGAGUGGCAGUCUCCCGCAAGAAAUUGGGAAUCUGAAGGUUGCAACUCUUAUUGAUCUAUCAGUUAAUCAGUUCUUAGGUAGCAUUCCAACCACAAUUGGAGAUUUACAGAGCUUAGUCAAUCUUUCCUUAGCACAUAACACACUGUAA